UCCUAUGUAGUCCCUAUUUGCCCAAAAAGAAGUUACCAAUAAGAUUGUAAGAGCAGCAUAUUUGAUAGCCGGCGCAAGUAAUUUUUAGAGUAAAAUGGAUUUAGUUUAAGAGUGAAGUUUUAGGUUCCUUCCUGAAAAUCUAUCUUCCUAGCCACGACUACCGGAAAAUGACUCCUAAUAACAACUAUCACCUUCUACUUCUACCCUUUCUUUUCUAAUUUCUACCUACAACAGAUCCAUCCAACUCUUACUGAGCCCUGCAAUUUUUUUUUUUUAAAGUCCGUUUCUUUUUCACUUGAGAAACACACACAAAUUAAUUACUCUUUUUUCUCUGUGUUCUUCUCCCUUUUAAUGUCUUCCAACAAGAAAAACCUGUUUAAAUCCCUGUUAACAGUGAAUGCAGGAUGCGGGUGUAGCAGGCCUAAGCUCUCCGAUGCUUAUGAACCCAAACCCAAACCCAAACCCAAAUCUUCUUCUGCACCCCGAAAUCCAAUCAUUCCAACCAUCGAAAACGAUGAUCUCACAUCCACUUCUUUCUCUUUCAACAAUAACGAUACGGUAUCAUCAUCACCCACUACUACUGAUCUCUACUCUGAAUCUGAACCUGAUCUUCCCACAGCUAAACUCAGUCGCCCUUGCCCUAAAAUCAUCGACAGCGUCGCCGUUGUGAAGGAUUCCGACGACCCGUACAAAGAUUUCGGGCAUUCCAUGCUCCAAAUGAUCGUGGAAAAACGAAUCUACUCGAAACAUGAUCUGGAGGAACUUCUUCAAUGCUUUUUGGAGCUGAAUUCACCAUGCCACCACGAUGUUAUUAUCAAGGCUUUCAUGGAGAUCAGGAAGCGGGUUCUUCCCGACGAGAUUGUUACAGCGCUGCAGGAUCAGGAACCAUGCUUUGUUCAUGGAGGAGAGAAACCUGGAUCCUAGCUUGACGCAGCUUUCGACACGCGUGUGUGAGAUGACAACACAUGUGAAUAAAUUCAAUUCGCACGUGGGAAGCAGCGACUAGGCAUUUUGACGAAGUCAGGUGCUCUACAUUACCAUUGGUAUAUUCUUAUUAUAUUCGUAAAGUUUUGCAUGUUAAUGUUGUUGAGUUUAAGAUACUAUUAAUUCAUACAAAUUUUGAUAUGUUAUGUAUUAACACCAUAUUUUGUAUUAAUUUUUUAAUAUUAGAACGUGUUAUUAUUAUUAUUGUUUA